AUGUAUAGAUUGAAUAAAGCGACGAAUGUUCUUGAGGCUUAUGAUGAGACUAAUAUUCAGGACUUUGUGAACUCAUAUCGUGAUACGGCUUUAUCGUCUGUACUUGAAAAAUAUCUUCCUGUGCCUGACGCUGCUGACGAUGUCGUUGGUGAAUAUAUGAAUAAUCUUGAUGAUUUAGAUUAUCUUACUGAGGCACAGGCAACAGCCGAGAAUUUGCGUUCUAAGUAUAAUUUAGGAGAGGAUUUGGACUGGAAACAAAUUUUUGGAGAGGUCUCGAAACGACGUUUUUCCGCUCCUUCUCUUUCGAUUAUUGAUAAUGUUGCGGUUCGUGAUUUUAAAGUUUAUACCGCUAAAAAUCCGUUGAAGUCUGAUUUGUCGUUGUAUCGUGUUGGUUCGUUUGAUAUUGAGACGGGCGAAGUUAAACCGCUUUUUUCUGAAUUGUUGUUUAAUGGUUCAGACAUAAAGGACGUCGGUCAACUUAUUCCUUUGAAACCGCGUGAAGUGCUUGCAGGUGAUUCUUUUAAAGUUGAUUCGUGUGCCGUCGCUCGUGUUGCGUCGUCGUUUAUUAAGCCCGUUAUGGAUAAUCUUUACCUUGAGACUUAUCAUUUUUAUGUCCCGUAUAGACUUCUUUACGAUAAGACUGAGCGAGUUUUUGGUAAUGCUUCACCGUCGGCGUACGAAGAUAAUGACCUUGCAAAGUUCCCGUCUUUUGAUGAUUCUGGUGAAGAUACUAUCACGAUAAGUCAGAAUUCUAUAGGUGAUUAUCUCGGCUACCCUGUCGGUACAAUUUCUAGUAAGGACGUUUCUGUUUUGCCGUUUCGUGCUUAUGCUCUGGUGGUGGAUAAAUGGUUUCGUAAUGAAAAUAUUAUUGAUGAGAUUUACGUUCAAAAAGGCGAGUUUAACAACGAGUUACCGAAUAAUGAUGAUUUUGCACCUGACAAUUAUAUGGGAAAACCUUUCAACGUCGGCAGAAGAAAGGAUUAUUUUACGUCGUGUUUGCCAGCGCCUCAAAAAGGCGUUCCGCAAGGCUUGCAGUUGACGUUUUCUAAUGAUACUUUUGCUCCUGUAUAUCCUAAAGAUCCGAAUAAUGAUCUAAAUAUUCACGAUCCGUCUAAGUUGCCCGAUUAUGGUGAUCUAUCUCUUGGUGAUGAUCUUCCUGAUAGCGAGUGGUAUGAUUUGUUUGUCCCUGGAUCGCAGCUUCCGCCGUUCUUUGGCGGAGGUGCGGAAAAUGGUGAAAGUUUUUUUUCUCGUACUUUCGGCAGUGGAGAUUAUAAAAAUUCUAAGUAUUUGCAGGAUUCUGCCAACGCGUUUAAUGCGUUGGAAGCAGAUAAGUCGAGAGUUUUCAACGCUGAAGAAGCAGAGAAAGCAAGGAAUUUUUCCGCACAAGAAGCCUUGAAACAACGUGAAUUCGAGGAGCGACUGUCUAAUUCUGCAUAUCAGAGAGCCGCUCAAGAUCUUAAAAAUGCAGGUUUGAAUCCUUAUUUGCUUUAUGGUUCUGCGGGUUCGGCCACUACGCCAGCAGGUUCGAGCGCUCAGACUACUCUUGCGAGUUCUACUCCUGCACACUCUGGCGGAAUUUCUGCCACUACAAGCGGUCUCGCUAAUAGUGCAAUAUCUGCUAUUGCGUCUAUUGCUUCUGCGGUAAUAAAAGCAAGUGCAUAA